AUGGGCACGAUCCAGGAUAGCGCCGACAACGGUGGGCGAGGACUGAUGAGCCUGAAAGUCAGAAAUAAAGCCGUCGACCUCGCGUGGGCAAAGAGGUUCCUAGAGGGGGGAGAACACGCACCGCUAUGGACCCACGCCCUACGUGCAAUAUGCAAGACACACCUCACUAGCGGUGACGCCGCCAAAUGCGCCCACAACUCUUACGAAAACCACAUCAUCCAAGACCUACAGAUAAAUACACGCGACCUCCCGCCAAAUGCGAAGAGAGUUAUGGCCACCAUCAAGAGGUACGGUGUACGCUUCGACCCGGUUAACCCUGCACAGAGCAUCAAGGAAGGCCUACCAAUUUGGCACCACAUCUUCAUACCGAAGAAUAGACGCCCUCGGUAUAACACGCUCGCGUGCAAGUGCCUCAGAGCGGUCCACGGCGUCCACACAGUGGGCGACACUAUACAAUUCGUGAGUACGGUAUCAGCCGACGAGAAUCACCAACACACAACACAUUGCCCUUGCUCCGCAUGCGAACACGCUCGGAAUCUUGGAUGCCGCGAUCCCCACAAGUGCGUGCGGGACGCCAACAAGGUCCUCAACAAGCUGCCUGCAAAAUGGGACCCGAGGAUAAGCUUCAAAUCGCACUACGACCUCACCAACGAUGAAGCGAAACGUAACAAGGACAACGCCAAAACAGGAGGACCCGUCAUCUUCGAUCCCGCAAUCCGCGAAGAGAAGACGCUAGAGGAGUGUUACCGACUUUUUGCACACCACAACGCCCAAGACACACAACCACGACCGGACAACCCCCUCGCUGACCCUAGGAAUCCCUAUAGAGUCGUGUACCUCAGCGAGAGGAAGAUAGCCGACAACCAUACAGGACGGACAACUAACAUGGCUGCUGGGAUAUGGUCAGACGUGGAGGAGAGAGGAGAGCGCAAAAGCAUACGCACCUCCAGGAAGACCGACGGAUACGCGCUCCUAACGGCCAUGCAGGACGUCCUCAACAGAGCGGAAGCAGAGGAGAACAUUGAGUUCGUCAUACCACAGCGUAGCCUCAUCAUCGCGCUCACCAAAGAUCUGCAACGCCACGACGACGAAGGGUGGAUGAAUGUUCCGAACAGACCCCAAGCCCAAACCCUCGUUGCGAAACUGAGGAGUAGACCUGGCAGGACGGCCAUGCGAGUGCCCUCUAGAAAUGAAGACGGUAUUAAGAGGGCGAACGAGUUAGCAAGCGACGGUCUCAGGCUCCAUGCCCACACGCACAAUAGUAUCGCGUCUAGCCCGUUCGAAGUGCGAGGGGCAGCGAUGCACAAAAUGACCCAACGCCACUUCUACAGCGCGCUCAUGGACAUCAAAAGACCACCGGUGAGGAGACAAACUGCCCCCAACCUACAGAACGCGAAGACGGCUUUGGACCGCGGAGGAAAGACUCCCACAGAUCGUCAAUUUUGGCGCUCGAUGCGAAGCCGAGUCCUACGACGUAAUGUUCGUCAGUUCAUCUAUAAAGCUGCACACGAUGCCCACAGAUGCGGACGACACUGGAAAGACAUCCCAGAGUGCGAACACCGAGUCUACUGCCACCACUGUAGUGAGGAAGGCAUUCUCGUCGAGGAGUCACUCCAGCACAUACUCACCGAAUGCGACGCGCCAGGCCAACAAGACAUAUGGAAUAGGGCCAGGCAGAUAUGCACGGAGCGAAAUCUUCAAUGCCCCACCAUAUCGAUGGGAUCCAUUCUAAGCUGCGCCCUCAGGGUCGUAAGAGACGAAUCGGGAAAACCAAAGCAGGGGGACAGCCGAUUCCUCCAAAUUCUUAUAUCGGAGAGCGCGUACAUGGUCUGGUUAGCGAGAAACGAGAGAGUUAUCCAACAUGAGAACGAUAGGACCAAGUACGCGAGCCCAAGGUCGCUCAGAGACAAACUCGACAGCCAACUUCGAAGGCGCCGGGCGAUUGACAUGGAACUCAAAGACAAACGGAGAUACGGAGCCAAGGCCAUCGCGCACGACCUCGCCGACGCCACGUGGGAGGGCACGACUUUCCACGACCAGCAACCACCCUAA